UCAUAAACAAGUUUGGCCAUAAACAAAUAAAAGAAAAAGAAAGAGCACUGGGAAAGGUGCGUAGCGGAGUGUCCGUCGCGUUUUCCGUGUUUUCAUGUAUGAAAUCGGUUAAUUCGGUGCGCUCGGUACGGUGGAAAUCGUGCAAAAGCCCUCGCGGCAUCGUGUCCAGUGGUAGUGCGCGUGGUGCGGUGGCUUUUCCGACGGUGGUUUCCCGAAAUCCAGCACCGUCGCCCAGUGGCACCAGAAUCGGCCAUUCAUUCAUAUACAAGGGGCAGCAAGAUGGCGGCCGCCUACUAAGAAAGAAGACACACACGCAAGACAAGACGACGGGGCUCCCGUUUCGGGAAUAGGGAGCAAACGUAAAAAAAAGAGUCCGCGAACGGGAAAAGCGUUGAUUUUCGUUCGUUUUCGGUUUUUGUGUGUGCAUUUUUUGUUUGUUUGUUUGAUUCGCCGCUGGUUUGGUUUGUGCGAAAAUUGUCACCGUGCGUGGUGCCCCAGUGAGACAGAGUGUGGUGGGUUUGGUGCGCGGGUGCGAACAACGGAACCGUAGCGACGUUUCGGUUCCGUCUCCUUCCCUCCACCGUCCCUCCCUCCUCCCCCCGCCGACGGUAGUGAAAAAUGGAAAUGUGCGAAUCGUAAUGGAUGCGUCGAGCGGAGGAGGGCAUUGGAUAAUUAACGCAAGAACACAACAACACAACAACCACUCAACGCCAGCAGCAGCACCUCCACCACAGACGACGCACGGGAGGGGACGAACGCGAUCAAGGAGCAAUAGAGACUCCCCGCUGCUGCAACAAACGCCGCCACUGAGAAGGGGCGACAAUUGCAGCGGUGCAGCAGCGCUGGGGCUGGCUUUCGGGUGGAAUUGAGCAGAACGAGAAUAACAAAAAAAGAAAGAAGCAUAAAAAACAUAGGCUUCCCUCCAGACGACGACGGUGGUUUGAGGGUGGAAAUUGACGCGAAACCGAGGGAAAACGCAACCGCAGGCGGCAAAAGAAAAAAGGAAAUUGAAGAAAAUAACUCCCCUCCCCCUCCACACACACACACACGCAAAAUAGAUCCUGCCGCACACGUCUGAAGUGAGCGAGACAGCGGCGAGGAUUUUGGAGGAGCAAUACGAAGUGACAAGUGAAGAAGGUUGUCCUGCGCCUGCUGCGUUUCAUUGUUGCAGCAGGAGCCCCAUUAGCACGGCAGCAGUAUGAGUAUGCAACUGCUACUACGAUUGAUAUUGCUCCGGUUGGUCGGUGGCAUGCUGCCGCUGGAUGCUGUGUUAAAGGGCAAGCAGCAACCGUCCUCGCCCGCGUCCGGAACCAGCCCUCAGCAGCAAUCUCAGCAGCAGCACCGUCAGCAGCAGCAUGCGCACGUUCCGAGUGUCCUGGACGACAUCGUGGCCCGGUACAGUCUGCCAAAUGGAACCACGAGCCGGUUCACGCACCUCACGUACGAUCCCACCCGGCGGAUGUUUUAUGCCGGGGCCACAAACCGGGUGCUGCAGUUGAACGAAAAUCUCACGCUGCUGCGGGAGGCCAUCACCGGACCGAAGCUGGAUUCGGCCCAGUGCCAUGCGGCCGGGUGUCCUGCGGAUGUCCUGGACAGCGUGGAGACGGACAACUUUAAUAAGGUGCUGCUGUACAACCGAGACGGCGAUACGCUGAUUGCGUGCGGAAGUGUGCACCAGGGCGCGUGCGAGAUUUACUACUUAAGUGGCCGCUUUCCGGAGUCCACGAAACCGAUCGAGGUGGCUCUGGCGGCGAAUGACGAGCGCUCGACGACGUACGCGUUUAUCGGUCCGAGUCGGUAUCAGUCGUGGAAGAAGGAGGACAUUAUGUAUGUCGGGACGACGUUCACGAAUGUCGGGGAUUAUCGGCAUGAUGUGCCCGCGAUAUCGUCCCGCCGGCUGGAUGAUCUCACGUAUGCUGAGUUCUCGAUCCAGCAGUCGAACAUUAACAUCGACGUGAAGUAUCGCGACCACUUUCUGGUGAAUUACGUGUACGGGUUUAACAGCACUGAGUACGCGUAUUUCGUGCUGGUGCAGAAGAAAUCCCACCUGGCGGAUGAAGCCGGCUAUGUCACGCGGUUGGCGCGUAUUUGUGUGAACGAUCCCAAUUACGACAGUUACACCGAGGUGACGAUUACCUGCAUGGUGAAUGGGACCGAUUACAACAUCCUGCGGGACGCGAAGCUGGCACAGGCCGGUCAAAAGCUGAGCAGCGACAUGGGCAUCAAGCGGGAUGAUUUUCUGCUCGUGGCAGUGUUUUCUCCCUCGAAGGAAAUCACGGACGAACCGCAGAACCGAUCCGCCAUCUGCAUGUACAGUCUGAAGGACAUCGAGGAGGUGUUCAACGAGAACAUUCACUCCUGCUUUAACGGCACGAUCAAGGAUCGCAAUUUGGGCUACAUUUCGGGUACGAUCAACGAUGGCAAGUGUCCCGUAGCGGGUUCGCUGGGUAACAUCUUCAGCUUCUGCCACGUGGGGCUGAAAAUUAGCGGCGUAACGCCGGUAAUCUCUUCGGCCCGGUUCGCAUUCGGUGAGGGUGUUGCUUUGACCUCAAUCGCCGUCACUAGCAUCGGUCCACACACGCUCGCAUUCGUCGGAAGCAAUGACGGUUGGAUUCGGAAGGUGCUACUAUCCGGCCGGGAAGCAGGUGAAUACGAGCGGCUGCCAGUGGAUGACGAAGGCCACGCGAUCCUUCCUGAUACGAUGUUUGCCCCCUCAAACGAUCAUCUAUACGUCCUGUCAGAUAGAAAGGUCAUCAAGAUGAAGGUGGAACACUGCGGCACGUUUGGAAACUGUUCCGCGUGCCUGGAAUCACGUGAUCCGUACUGUGGCUGGUGUUCGCUCGAGAAACGAUGCACCGUUCGAACGGCCUGUCAAAAGGACACAAGUGCAGCACGCUGGCUGUCCAUCGGUACGGGACAGCAGUGCAUUGACUUCGAAAUGGUAGCACCCGAUCGUGUUCCCGUAGGGCAGAUGUCUGUCGUACGUCUCGUCAUUAAAACACUGCCGGAACUUCCCCAUAACGCUCAGUACCGGUGUGUGUUCGGAAACGCGACACCCAUCGAUGCAAAUGUCACGAAGGAGGGUUUACUCUGCACGACACCACCCGUGAAUGAGCGUCCUUCAAUCCCGGAUGGACAGGAUCACGUGCUUGUUCCGCUCAGUGUGCGUAGCUCGGAGACGAACAAAGAUUUUGUGUCACGUAGUUUCGCAUUCUACGACUGCACUCGCCACGACACUUGCCGAAAGUGUCUGGUAAGCAAUUGGGGAUGUCACUGGUGUAUUUACGACAACCGGUGCGCCUUUAAUACGACCGCUUGCCGCAACUCGGCCAACAUCGUGCAGAAUGAGGCGUCCUGUCCGCGGUUGAAGCAACGCGCCAUGCCAAUCCUGCUGCCGAAUAAGGUGCCGAAAGAGAUCCGGUUAGAGAUCGAGAACCUUCCGCGGCCGCAGAGCGCACACACGGGUUUCUUGUGUACGGUUAACAUCGAGGGAGCGCACAUGGUGCUGCCGGCACGUGUCGAAGCCAACAAGUACAUUGUGUGCGAGAAAACACUGUAUUCCUAUGAAGCCACCUCGAACGAGUACGAAGCCACGGUCGAUGUGAACUGGAAUCGAAAUCAUUACAUCGACACGGUGACGGUGGUUCUAUAUAAGUGCGAAAUACUCGGUUCGCAUCGUGAUCACGCUGACUGCAGCUUGUGUGUUACGCGUGACCCCAAGUACCAGUGUACCUGGUGUGGCCAACAGUGCAGCUACAAUGAAACGUGUUUAGAUACUUCGAUGAUGCUACGAGGGCGAGGAGAAGACGGUGGAUGUCCACGACCACGUAUCGAUCUGAUAAAACCACUCAGUGGUCCAAUCGAGGGCGGUACGCUGGUGACGAUCGAGGGAAGCAAUCUUGGGAUACGCGAGGAAGACGUACGUGGCCGUAUCCACAUUGGAGACGUGCCGUGCGAGCUGGAACGGUACGAAAUAUCCGUUCGUAUAGAGUGCCGCACUGGACCGGUACGUGUGGAAAUGUCCGCACCGGUGAAAGUGGGCAAUGAGGCUGGUUACACUAUGUCGAGUGUAGAGUUCCGGUAUCGCGACGUACAGCUGGAAGGACUUUCCCCGACGAUGGGCCCUCAGUCGGGUGGUACCAAAUUGGCCAUCAUCGGAAGACAUUUGAACGUUGGUACUGCAGCGGUGGCGUAUUUGGAUGACUACGAGUGUCGUAUCAAUCGAACGCAAGCAUCUUCGAGUCGGUUAACGUGCGUUACUUCAGCGGCACGCUCACCGGAACACAUCCGAGUAUUGACGUUACGGAUUGAUGGAGCGAAUCGAACUCUCUCCUGCAGUGUUAGCGGUUCCGGAAGCGGUGCUAAUGGGGAACAACGUGGCCGAGGAUCAGGAUACAAACCGGCGGGGACGUAUCAUAGCCGGUAUGAAACGUGCAGCGUGUACAACUACACGGUCGAUCCGAAGAUCAUGCAAAUUAAACCGCUCAAAAGUUUCCUCAGCGGAGGUCGCAUGAUGACAGUGCACGGUACCAACCUGGACGCCAUUCAGCUGCCUGAGAUUGAAGUGUAUCUCAACGAUGAGCGGUUGAAUAGGUCAACCUGCGCUGUACUGAACUCGAAUCAGAUGGAAUGCCCAUCUCCGUCUGUACGUGAGGCAUGGGCAAUGCUACAACAUCAGCAGUUGCUAUUGCGCAACAACAGCGUAGCAUCCGGGGAUUAUACCUCCGCGAAUGCUCACCGGGUUCGUGUCCGCCGACGGACGCUCGGUUUCGAUCCAACAGCAGCAGCAGCAGCAACUAUCCGCAUCGAUGCCCAUGAUGCUACCAUCUCAGUAUUCACUCACCAGUUGCAGCUGUUGCUACAGAUAAACUUUCUCAUGGAUAGUGUGCUGUCGGUGCGCAACCUGCCGAAGCACUUCCAGAACCUGCGGUCGUCGAUCGUGUACGUCGAGGAUCCGGUGUAUCAGCCGUUUCCGAACACGGUUAAGUUGUACAAGGGAGACACACUUGUUAUCGAGGGCGAGCAUUUGAAUGCAGCGAGUGAUGAAUCGGAUGUUAACGUUACGAUCGGUAUGGCGCAGUGUAACGUGACCAGUCUCGCACCGACGCAGCUCGUCUGCUCGCCACCCCUUGAACAACCUGCACCGACGGACGAAAAUGGAGUUCCUACAGCGAAGGACCUUCCGCUGGUAGUUGUACGUGUGGGGCGCAAUUUACGCUUCCCAAUAGGAUUUAUCAAGUACGAUCUUAUCAAACCGUACGCCUUCUCGCACAUCCUGUUUGGUGUCAUCGUAAGCGGUAUCUUUUUCGUCCUGACACUGCUUGCCAUCCUGUUCAUCUAUAGACGUAAGAGCACACUAGCCGAGCGGGAGUACAAACGCAUCCAGAUCCAGAUGGACACGCUCGAGAGCAACGUGCGCAUGGAGUGCAAGCAGGCAUUCGCGGAACUGCAAACCGACAUGACCGAUCUAACGGCCGAUCUCGAGAGCUCCGGCACGCCAACGCUCGAUCUCGUCAAUUACGUUAUGAAGGUGUUCUUCCCGGGUGUUUCGGAUCACCCGGUGCUGCUAGCGAACGGUGCGAAGCUGCACCAUGGUGGUGGCCAUCAUCUUCACCAUGGCCAUCCGCAUCAUGGUCAUCCGGGCCAUCCGCACCAGCGCACCAACUACGAUCAGGCGAUGGUGCUGUUCGAGCAACUGAUCAACAAUCGCGUCUUUCUUCUGCUGUUCAUCGACACGCUCGAAGCACAAAAAACGUUCAGCAUACGGGACAAGGUAAACGUGGCCUCGCUGCUGAUGAUAGUGCUGAUGAAUCAGAUGGACUACGUGACAGACAUACUGAAGAGCCUGCUGUUGAGGCUUAUCGACAAGUCGGUGAUGACUAAACACCCGCAGCUGAUGCUCCGCCGGACGGAGAGCGUCGUCGAGAAGAUGCUGACGAACUACAUGGCACUGUGCAUGUACGAUUAUCUGCGCAAUUACGCUGGCAAUUCGCUCUUUCUUCUGUACAAGGCGAUCAAGCACCAGAUCGAGAAGGGUCUGGUUGAUGCCGUCACGCAUGACGCCCGGUAUUCGCUGAGCGAAGAUCGGCUGCUGCGUGAGCAGAUCGUGCACAGCAUCGUCACGCUGCACAUCAUCCAGGACGAUCUGGAUGAGAAGGUGCAGUGCAAGGUGCUGGAUUGUGACACGAUCAGCCAGGUGAAGAGCAAGGUGUUGGAUGCCUUGUUCAAGAACACACCCUUCUCGCUGCGCCCGAGCGUACACGAUCUCGAUCUGGAGUGGCGACACGGACGUGGAGGCCAUUUGGUCCUGCGAGAUGAAGACGUCACCACCAAAUCGGUUCAUGGAUGGAAACGUCUCAACACUCUCGCACAUUAUGGUGUGAAGGAAUCGGCCGUUAUGUCGCUGGUUGCGAGACCCCACGACGGUUACAACACACCCGGUCGGCACAUCUUCCCGUACUGCUAUUACAUCAACAAUCCACCGUCGUCCAACCACCACCUAUCGUCGACAGCGUCCCCGCUCGGUCAACAACAGCAACAAUCCCAGGUCGGGGUUUUUCAUCUUGUGAAGCCGAUGGACGAUCGCUUCUCAACACUGUCGUCGUACGAUCAGCACGGAUCGUCCUCGUCCGCGCACGGUGCGCUGUACGGUGGCGGUCCGGGAAGUGGCAGCCACCACAAAGCAAUACCGGAGAUCUUUCUGACGCGUCUGCUCGCGACCAAGGGCACGAUACAGAAGUUCGUGGACGAUCUGUUCGCGACGAUACUGACGGUGAACGAGGCGCUGCCUCCCGCGGUUAAGUGGCUGUACGAUUUGUUGGAUGCGGCCGCGCGCCACCACGGCAUCCACGAUCCGGAAGUGAUACACGCAUGGAAAUCGAACGGGCUGCCGCUGCGGUUCUGGGUGAACUUCAUCAAGAACCCGGACUUUAUCUUCGACAUCUACAAGACGCCCUCGGUCGACGUGUGCCUGAGUGUGAUCGCGCAAACGUUCAUGGACGCGUGCUCCACGACCGAGUACCGGCUGGGGAAGGAUUCGCCCUCGAACAAGCUGUUGUUUGCGAAGGACUUACCUCAGUAUCGGGAAAUGGUUUCCAAUUUCUACGCCGACAUUGCCAUGAUGCCUCAGAUCAGUGAUCAAGAGAUGCGCAGCGCCAUGCAAAGGUUAUCCAUCCAUCAGCAGCAGUUCGAUACGCUUGCCGCACUCAAGGAACUCUACAUUUACGUUAGCAAGUAUCGUUUACAGAUUAAGGAAGUAUUAGAAAUGGACUUGACGGCAAGCAAGUUACAUUUAGCCCAUAAGCUUGACCACGUGGCAGCAACACUUGAAGAUGAUGAGUGCAAAACGAUUGAUUAUUACGAAUAACAACAAAUGCCGACCGGGACGAGGACAACGACGAGAAAGAAGCGGCAGUUUUUAAAGAAUGGCCAUAUUUUAAACAACACAGAAAGCGCACUUGCGUGAAAUAAUAGUGAAAGCAUUUAAAAACGUUUGACAAACAAAACACAGAAGAUAACAGAAACAACGUGCUCUUCCGUCUUCGAUUUGUACUUUUCCCGUAACCGGGCCGUUCCGGUAGCCGGCGGCGAGAAAUGGUAUUACAGGUAGUUAUGCGCCACCCGCCACCUCCCGCGACGGUGCAUGUAAGGAAGCAUUUAAUAGUUUAAAUAGCCGUACUCUACUUAAUCUCUUCGGGUAAGCCAACCCGAACGGAUGUCUCAGCCUAGUGAAAACGAAGAUGACAAAACAAGUGGAUAGUGCAUUAGCGCACGGAUGAUGGGACGUGUUAUGUCCAUUUAUUUAUAGUGUUCAGGAAGGAGAGGAAGAUUAGGAGGACGAACGAUAUACUCACACUCCGUAAGGACCCCUUGCAUUUUAAAAUGGAUAGAAUCUAAGUUUUUUUCCAGCCACUCUUAAUUGUCUCUGACCGGGAGUUAUUUUUUAAACGCAAUAGAUCGAGGAAUACGAAUCGAACAAGAGGGACGUGGGAUAGAUGAGGGGGAUAAUGCGGUAACAGAAACAGAAUCUCCGUCAGCGCGGAAACUAUAUAUACUCACGCCGAUCUGAAGUCAGAGCAAGUGCAUCACGUAAAACAGAAAGACGAUUAUAGUCAGAAUUAGAAAAGAAAGUUAAUGAACACAGUGAUAAGGUAAAAAGAAUUCAAACAGAAACAAACAAACACACUUGCAAGAAAGACAAGAGAAAAUGUGACUGAUUGAAUUAAUAUACAAAUGAAAUAAGGAGACCCGACGACGUAGUUUGCGGUGCGCGCUAGGAAGGGGAGCAACAGCGUUCACGGACGCAAACGAUGCUACUCCUCGGAGUGUGGAAACAAAACAAAAGUACACAGUGUGUAAAUAAAACAAUUCCGUCUGAUGAUGAAUAUGAAAGU